AUUGGUCUUUUACUUGUUUUCAAUGUCAUUUUAGCUUUUGUUGGUUACGGAACUGAUAUAUUUUAUGACAAGGUGAUUGCCAAUGUGUGCUAAGGUUUAUGCUUUUUGUUGUUUUGGUGGUUUUCAGAGGGGUCCUGCUUUUAUAGAGGAACUACUUUCGGUGAUCCCAAAUGCGCAGUACUAUAAAAGAGACACUUAUGACUUGAAAAAGAUUAUAGAGUAUGCAAAUAAAAAGGAAUUCACUUCUUUAAUUGUUGUUCAUACCAAUCACCGGGAACCAGAUGCUCUCCUAAUUAUUGGCUUACCUAAUGGACCUACUGCCCAUUUUAAGCUCUCAAAGCUUGUUUUACGGAAGGAUAUCAAGAAUCAUGGAAAUCCAACCAGUCAUGAGCUUGAGCUUGUAUUAAACAACUUUACAACACGCCUUGGUCAUCGUAUUGGGAGAUUAAUACAGUCACUUUUCCCUCAAGAACCAAAUUUUAGUGGUCGGAGAGUUGUAACUUUCCACAACCAACGAGAUUUUAUAUUCUUCCGGCAUCAUCGGUACAUUUUUGAAACCAAAGAGACUAAACAGGCUGAAGUAAAGGGCAAAAAGACCAAGGAUUCCAAAGCUGAAGCUAUUACUGAAGCAAAACCAUUUGCGCGCCUACAGGAAUGUGGUCCUCGUUUUACCCUUAAAUUGAUCAGUCUGCAGCACGGGACAUUUGAUCCUAGAGGCGGGGAGUUUGAGUAG